AUGGAAUCAAGUCGCGGGCAGGGAGCUGAAGAUAGAUAUAGAGACCGGGAUAUGCUUGGGAUAUACGGUAUACCCUUAUUGACACAGGGACUCUUCUCGCUUUGGCUCUCCAGAGUUCCAGCAAGAACCCGGAGGAAUGCAGCCUCUUGCACAGGCCCGUCCCUGCUGUACCAUAUGAUGCACAUUGACGACCACCCUGACCCUGAGGAUCUGAGCCUGAGCCUGAGCCUGAUCCCGAAUCCCGAAUCCUGCAUCCUGAUCCUGAGUUUCUAUAACCGGCUUCCCAGUGCUUGCCGGGCCGGGAUGCAGAGGGAUUCAGACUUCAGACUUCAGACUUCAUACUUCAGACUGCAGACCUCAGACGACCUCACGACCUCCGACCAAGAGCUACGACAAAAGCACUUUCGAAUCUCGAUACUGUUGGCCAUCGGGCUAUUCAACAAUUCUGAAUCACUGAUCCAGAUCUGGUGUCAGAUUCCUCCCCCCCUCAGCGCCCACAAAGGACUACUCGCCCGACUAUCUCGACCAUCCCAGGAAUCUACCAUAAUAGGUACAAACUAACGUCUAUAGCCCAAACUCAAAAUUCCCUUUUUGAGCCCGGCAGCAUCAGCGAUCCACGCCUUCGCAUCGUACAUCUCCCCGUGUCGCAUGGCCCUGCUUCUUUGCCUGUGCGCCGCCGUGAUUGGCCCCGAAACACGAUCUAUCGUUAGUAGUAUUGUUGUUCGGGCAGGUCUUCGAGUCCGGAUUUGUAUACUGUACCGUCCUUGUAGUAAGUCUAUAAGUACCACACCCUCCUCACCCCCUCGUCUGCCUGCUGAGCUCCUGGGACGCGCGCAUCGAUCUAUACUAUACCAUGCGUACGGCACGGAACCACCGAUCCCUCAUCUCGCAUCUACCGUACUGUUAUCUCAUCUCCUCUCGCCUCUGACGAAACACUGCGCGCGGUGGCUGGGACGCUGCUCUGUCGGGCUGACCGUCUGACUGUUUCGAGUCGUAGACGACGUAUCGAACGGAAUGCUCUGCUGCAUUGCUUACUAGAAGAGAUAGACAGA